AUUAUCCGCCAUUGUGGAAGUCUCAUGGUUUAUAUUGAACAACGUAUAAUACCUAAAUACUGUUAAAAUGGCGUCUGGAUAUUUUUACAAUCCGUCUACAGGACAGUACGGUGCGCAGCCUGGUGCUGCAGCGUAUCAGGCGACGACAGCGUAUUAUAACGCCACGGCGGCGCCGGCGGCGGCCGCAGCCGCGUAUGACUACACCGCUGUCACCCCGACGUAUGGUACCUAUGGAGCAGCUGCGCGACCAGUUGCUGACACAGGUGCGACAGCCACAUAUGUGUCUCCCUACACCAGCAGUACCGGUUAUACUGCGCAGCCGGCCUAUUCAACACACACAACCUAUAGUCAACCUCCCAGUGGGGGUGUGUCGAUGUAUUCCAACUCGGCUACCUAUAACAAACCAAUUUGUUAUGUGUCUAUAGGAGGUGGAGCUGUUGGACGCGGCGGAAACAUGUAUGGCAGCGGCACGAAGCACUACCAGCCAGCGAGCAAGCCAUUCCAGUCGAGCGCUACUUUCAACAGCGGUGGCGCGUCUAAGCCGUACAAUGCGGGUGCGAACACCUCGUACAACAAGCAGACAGGAACAAAUACACAGACUCCCUAUGAGAAAGCUGUGCUCACUGCUGCUAGCAGCUACAUAAAGCAGAAGAAUGUUCCCGGAAGUAAGCCAGGUGUCCAGAGUCCUGUCGUCGGUGGGUCUGCCGGCGCAGGUACUAGUGGAAAAUUCCAGAGCUACAAGCCUCAGUACGGGCAGAAUAAGGGACUUGGGCAGGCACCACGCGUGCCCAAGCCACAGCAGAUGCACUACUGUGAAGUGUGCAGGAUUAGUUGCGCCGGUCCCCAGACAUAUAAGGAGCAUCUGGAAGGGCAGAAGCACAAGAAGAAGGAGGCGGCCGUAAAGGCGGGCAACGCCAACAAUGCGACUCUGGGACAGAACGCACUGCGCUGCGAGCUAUGUGACGUCACCUGCACCGGUCAGGACGCGUACAACGCUCACAUCCGCGGCUCCAAGCAUCAGAAAGUUGUCAAGCUUCACACAAAGCUGGGGAAGCCGAUCCCGACGACGCAGCCGACCGUAGUCAAUCCACCGACUCCCGCUAAAACGACGACGGCCGUUUCAGCCGAGCCGAAGCCGGUGAAAAAAGUCGUAUCUACACCUAAGAUCACGUUUGUUGGUGGCACGAAGCUGACCACCACCGAGGCAGGUCCGAAGGAGGUCAAAACUGAGCAGGACAAGAUGGACACCACGCCAGCUGCCGGCGCAGGUGGAGAUGCGAAGGAAAUUGCCCCCCUCCUUCCAAAAGAGAAGGAGAUUGCCCCCGUUGGCGAGGAAUAUCUCGAGGAGGUGAAGAAUGAUGAGGGCAAGGCCAUCAGCUUUCUGUGCAAGCUGUGCGACUGCCGAUUCACGGACCCGAAUGCCAAGGAGAUGCACAUGAAAGGACGCCGUCACAGGCUUCAGUACAAGAAAAAGGUCAACCCAGAUCUGCAGGUGGAGACGAAGCCCAGCCUGCGACAGAGGAAGGUUCAGGAGGAGAAACUGCGCAGGCAGCUGCUGUUGGAGGAGUACUGGAGGCGGGAUGCCGAGCAUCGCUGGAGAGAGGAGAUGAGUCACUGCAGGGUGUAUGAGGAUGACCGUUGGCGCUACGGCAUGGAGAUGGAGUAUGGCGCACAGGCACCGUUCCCCGGCCAUGGAGGAGGACCCAUGCCCAUUCGACGGGGUCAGACGUACGAUGACCGUCACAUCAUGGCGAAACACGCGAUGAUAUAUCCCAAUGAGAAAGAGCUGCAGGCAGUACAGAGCAUUGUCACUGCCACUGAGAAGGCCCUAAAGCUCAUCUCUGACCAGUUGGCAGAACAGGAUGCACCAAAAGAAGAACCACCAAAAGAAGAACAAGCAGAGGAACAAGAGGAGGGCAAGCUUCAGAUAAAAAAAGAUAUUAAAGUAGAGACAGAGAGUGAUGUGGAAGAAAAAGACGAUAACAAAGCAGAUGAGAAAAAGGAGGAGGAGGACCUGAAGCCACGCGCGCUCAAGGGUGUGAUGCGGGUCGGCGUGCUCGCCAAGGGGCUGGUGCUGCAUGGCUGCCUCGACGUAGAACUCAUCCUGCUGUGUGGCGAGAAGCCCAACAAGUCUCUGCUGUCGAGGGUCGCCAAACUACUGCCCGAAAAGCUGGCGACGGUGACGGAGGAGAAGUACGAGAUGAAGCUGUCGGUGCGAGACGCGGCCAUCCUGCUCGCCUCGAACGUCGAGCCGAAGAGCUGCGUGAAGCUGACCCUCACCUCGCCGCUGAUGCGCACGAGCACUGACGAGCCUGAGGACAAGCAAGCUACUCGAGCGAAAGAGCCAUCGGACCUGUUGGAUAAGCAGAAAUGCCAAGAUGCUCUCGCAGCGCUACGUCACGCAAAGUGGUUUCAGGCAAGAGCGAGUGGACUGCAGUCGUGCGUCAUCGUCAUCCGCAUCCUGAGAGAUCUGUGUGACCGCGUUCCAACCUGGAAGUCUCUGAAUCCUUGGGCGCUGGAACUUCUGUGUGAACAUGCCAUCAGUAGCGGUGGAAACAACAUGACACCGGGCGAUGCCCUUCGACGGGUGUUUGAGGCGCUCGCGUGUGGAGUUCUCCUUCCUGGCGGUCCAGGCCUGCUGGAUCCGUGCGAGAAAGAACCAACCGACGCGGCCGGCAACCUCCAGCAGCAGGAGAGAGAGGAGAUCACUGCUAGCGCCCAGUUUGCGCUGAGGCUGAUAGCGUUCAGGCAGAUCUACAAAGUGCUGGGUAUGGAUCCGUUGCCAGCACCACGGUUCAAUCGUAAACUUGGCGCCAACACACGCAAGCGCAAGGCCGACGGCAGUGCUCCCGAAACUGAAGAAGCUGGCAAAAAAGAGAAAAAGGAAGGUGAAGUUAUGGAGACUGCUGCAACCACAGCCUAAGUGUGUUGUCAUGGCCACUCGUGUUAAUUAACUGAAAGAAGUCUGUUUAUUAUUUACGUUUCACGUAAACAUGGUGGAAAAAUUUAGAAUUCUUUGAUAGAUAUGAUAUACGUGCAUAUUUUGUUCCUAAUUCCUGUCGUGUUUAACUGCUUUUUGGAUAAAAUUCUAAAAAUAAAGUGAUGUGAUUACACUUCUUUUUAGCUCUGUCAGCAUUAUGUAACAGGCAUAUAUGUAAUGACAUGGCAGAGUAACAUGAUGAUCCAAAGUUAGUUGGAACAUCAAGUACUCGGACGCAUGUGACUUUGUUCUUUCAGUGCCUAUUAUUUAACAUAUUAUUUUUGCUCGACGUAACACGAUAUUAGUAUUAAGAUGUUGCAUACGUUCGUACAAGUGUGCAUGUGUUAAGUGUGCAGGUAAAAAUGACACAUUCUGAUAAGAUAUGGAAAGAAGGUGUUGACCGAAUGCCCUGUCCUAUAACAGGUAUAAGGUCAGAAGGUAGUGGAUGAUGAAAAUGUUUGUACAAGUGUAUGUUAAGUGUGCAGGUAUAAUUACUGAUUAUAAAAAUUAAUGAAAUGAGGUGCUAUCCGAAUUCCCUGUCUACUAAGGAAGUUGAUUAGGGAAAUGAAGAAGACCAAGAAAAAAAUUAUUUCCUAAUGAGUCAAAUUAUGCACUUGUAUUAUAUUCUAUGUCAAUGCUAUUCGUUCAAGACUCCAUUCAGUUGUACGGAGUAGAAGUGUGUUAGUUGUGUGAUCAGAACAUUCAUUUGCAGAUUGUAGCAUUUGCAGGCAUUUGCAGAUGUAUCAACUGUUUAGGCCAUUUCAUGUAUAAAUGGAAACAGAAACGUAUUUUGUCUUGAGACUAGUAGUUUGAUGUAUUAAGAAGAAAUAUAGUUACGCUUGUGUGCACUACACUAUUUGUUAUAAUAUUAAAUAUUAGUAAUAAACAGCCAAUUGUUUGGCAUGAUCGUACAUUUGUUUCUAAAACAUUCAGAAAUUGUUUCAUUGGGUAAACUUGAACAUAAAAGUUGUACUAAAAGAAUGUCAAAUUCGUUUGCGAGUUGUGUAUUUUUGCUAAUAACUGAGCAUUGAAGCUGGUUAACAAGUUCCCUUACUGAGGGUGCCAUCUUCCAAUCCUGUUGCUGUCUAUCGUGCUUCAUUGAUUUGUGUGGAUGCCGCGUGUCUUGAUGCUUAUGUAAAUAAAAGUUAUUGCAAUUCUGCUCAUUAAGAUUCCUUUAGUACCAGGUUAAAUGCAUAGUGGAAGUAUUAUUUGAAUUGUUGCUUCCUGAAAACUACACGGUAGGUGAAGAAGAGUUGCAAUGCUCAAAAUGUCCAUAUUGGAUAGAAUGCACAUGGUAUUUAAAUGUGCUAAUUUCAAUAUAAACUAACUAGAUUAUGUAAUACGAAGACAAAAUAAAUGAGAUUGGCGUAUAGAUAAA